UUAGCUGUUUCCGGUCAAAGUGAAAGAAGAAAUUGUGUUUGUUGCUGCAUUUUUCAAAAUACUUGUUAGUUGCACAAAUAACAAAAGAUCAUGGCAAGUGUUGAUGAUACUCUUCUGGUGAGACAUCUCCCAUCACAGCUCUCAAAUGGAGACAAGCAAGAACUCCUUAGACAUUUUGGAGCAGUUAGGGUCAAAGUGAUGGGCACUAGAGGUGCAAUGAAACAUACAGCCUUUGUUACAUUCUCAGACAGUAUGGCAGCUACUAAGGCAUUAAACAGGUUGCAUCAACUUGAAGUGUUAGGAUGUAAACUAGUGGCAGAAUUUGCUAAAAAAUCUCAGCAGAAACAUUUCCCAUCCAUAUCAGACAACCAAAGGGGAAGAAAGGUCACAGAUGAGAAACAGGACAAGAGAAUGGAAGAUAAAACUCAAAAUCUGCCAUCAGCUGAUACAGUGUAUAAAAAAUGGGGGGUAAAUUAUCCAAAGAACCCCAAACUUUGUUACCUGUAUCCACCACCCACAGUCAGCAUUAUAACAAAUAUAGCCAAUGCUCUAGCUUCAUGUCCAAGGUUCUAUGUACAGGUAUUGCAUUUAAUGAAUAAGAUGAAUUUACCAGCUCCAUUUGGUGCAGUAACUCCUACCCCUCCUAUACCAUUAAAAGAAUCAGCUGUGAUCCUUGAACCUGACAAUAUAAAGACAGAGGCAAUGGAUGUCUCUAGUACAGAGGAAUCAGAAAUAGAAAGUGAGGGAGAAUCUCAAAAAAAAAGUUCAGAUCAACCCUCAUUAAAAAGACAUAUAAGGAAAAAACCAAAACUAUCUACCAAGCGUCCAAGAUUUCUGGAAAAUUUGGAAAUUCCUGCUCAAUCAAAUGUUCCUGUCAUGAUGCCAAGUAAAGUCUUUGAAAAUGUACAAGAACAACUUCAGGCCAAGAAAAUACAAAUGAAAAUACCUGAAGCCAUUGUUCAUGAGCAACCACAAGAAACAACAAAGCCAGUACAUGGUUUUCUAUCAGAUGUACUAUCAUCAUUAAACAGAGAGGAGGAAUCCAAAACUGAUGGAGGAUUUGGUAAAAUAGAACCUGUUAAAAAGGUAUCAGAGAGUGUUGAAACAAAGGAUGUUGAUUUACCUUACACAGUAGAUCCAAGCAAGUUCUUAUUAAUACAAGAAAUAAAGAAAGGAAGAAUAUCAAAAAGUGAAUGGAAGAAUUAUUCUGUGUUCAGAAAAUAUGAAGCAGGUGAUAGAACCAAAAGAUUAUAUCUGAAAAAUUUGAAUAAACACACAAGUGAACAGGACUUGGUUGAUAUAUUUGGAAAUUAUGUAGACUGGAAUUCUGAGACUGAGAAAUCCAUGUUUGAUUUAAGAGUAAUGAAGGAAGGAAGAAUGAAGGGACAAGGGUUUAUCACCUUACCAUCAGAAGAAUCCGCUGAGAAAGCAAUGAAUGAUACAAAUGGAUUUGUCCUCAACAAUAAACCUAUGGCGGUUCAAUAUGCCCGAUCAGCCAAACCCAAAGAUGCCACUGAAGAGAAGUCAUGACAGUAAAUGGCAGAUGGUUUAUAAUGGAAAAUAAGUGAUUUUCAAAUCUCAUUGAAGUGGGUCGCUGAAAACCAGAGAAUUUCAAUGACCAUAUGACUUACUAAACUGAAUGAACAGUCAAUAGUGUUGGUUACAGUAGACAGACAUUAAUCAAUAAAAAUCGUCAAUUUAA